AUGGGCAAGAGAAAAUCAAAAAGAAAACCUGCUCCAAAGAUGAAGCUUGUCUUAGAUACGCAGUUUGAUUGUAUCUACUGUAGUCAUAAACGAAGCAUCGAGAUUAAAAUGGAUAAACAAACCAGAGUAGGAAAUCUUGUAUGUAGAGUGUGUGGAGUACAAUUCCAAGCACCCAUUAACUCGUUAAGCGACCCAAUAGAUGUGUACUCGGAAUGGAUCGACGCAGCUGAAUCAAAACCCGUACCUUCUGUUUCUCCCUCACGCCGUCGAGUCCUCAGACCCUCCGCGCCAGGUGAAAAUGCACGAGUUCAGUUUGACGAAGAAGAUGAUUUUGAUGACGAGGAAUAUGAUAGAGAUCUUGGAUCAGCACCCGGCGGGAGGGUUAUAAGCAGAAUGAGGGAUAGAGAGGAAGUGGGUGAAGAAGAAGAGGAUGAUGUAGGUCCUUUGUUUGGAGAGUGA